AUGGAUAAUCUCAAGGACUCUGAGGAAAAUCACAUUGAGCAAUAUGCGCUCGACAAGCCCAAAGACCAAGUCGCCGGGACGAUGCCAACAGCUUUGUUGAAUUGGUCACCAGAAGAAAGGGCACAACGAGAGAAGAAGCUUGUCAAAAAAGUUGAUCUUCGACUCCUGAUAAUGAUGUUAGUUAUGUACAUCCUAAAUUACUUGGAUCGCAACAACAUCGCGGCAGCAAAGCUGGCCGGACUGCAAAAGGAUUUGAAUCUUACUGGGAAUGAAUACCAAAUCUGUGUUAGCAUCCUGUUCGUCGGAUAUCUCCUCAUGCAAGUCCCUUCGAACAUGAUUCUAAACAAAUUUGGUAAACCUUCGAUUUACUUGCCGGGAUGUAUGGUCGUAUGGGGUGUUAUCUCCUGCUGCACUGCUGUCACAAAAAGCUUCAGUGGCUUACUAGUCGUCCGAUUCUUCCUUGGAUUUGUUGAGGCCGCAUAUUUUCCCGGCUGUCUCUACCUCCUGUCGGCCUGGUAUACAAGGAAGGAAUUAGUCAAACGGACCGCGCUGCUCUACGCAGGCUCAUUAAUUUCAGGUGCAUUCUCGGGUUUAAUCUCCGCUGGUAUCACGAGCGGCUUGAACGGCACAAGAGGUAUUGCAGCAUGGAGAUGGCUUUUCAUCAUUGAGGGUGCGUUGACGAUCUUUGUGGCUUUGAUCGCCUUCUUUAUUGUCCCAGAUCUUCCCAGAACGACAUCCUGGCUAAGUGAUGACGAGAAAGCGCUUGCGGCCUGGAGACUCGAAGAAGAUAUUGGUGAGGAUGAUUGGGUGGACAGUGAGCAUCAAAGCAUGUUUCAUGGCGCAAAACUAGCUAUCAUGGAUCCAAAGGCUUGGUUACUGCUUGGUGUCAUCUACGGCUGCACCGCUGCCGGUGCUGUAACCACUUUCUUCCCAAGUGUGAUGGCUGGACUUGGCAAGGAUAACAUUGAUACCUUGCUCCUGACUACGCCUCCAUAUCUCAUAGGCACAAUUGUCGUAUUGAUCCAUGCCUGGCAUGCGGACCGAACAGGUGAACGAUACUUGCACAUGUGCCUUCCACCCAUUAUCGCUAUUGUAUCUUUCAUCCUAGCUAUGACAGGCAACAACUUUGCGGCUCGCUACGUCGCAAUGUGUAUCAUGCUUGGUGGCAUUUAUUCCAGCUACGUUGUCGCCCUCGGAUACAUCUCAAACGUCCUACCGCGCCCUGCAGCAAAACGUGCAGCUGCUUUGGCCUUGAUCAAUUGUCUCAGUAAUGUGUGCCAGAUUUACACGCCUUACCUUUACCCUGACUCAGCCUCACCUCGAUAUAUCACCGCGUUCAGUGUCAAUAUCGGCAUGUCCUCUAUGACGAUCAUAUUUUCCACCAUUCUUCGUAUUUAUCUAGGAAGACUUAACAAGAAACUUGACCACGAAGAGGGUACCGAUUUGGUUGUAGAUGCGCAUGCCAAUGAAGAACACGGCUUGCCCCGGGUGGCUGUGAGGCAGGGUUUCCGAUUCUUGCUAUAA